UCAGAUUACCAUUUUCCAAGAAAGAUAUUUACGACUUGCUAUGGCUAUUACGAUCAAUGAAUACUGCGCUGUGGACAACUACAGACGUACGGAGGACUGUGGUUUGACUGACAGUGGUGUAAGUUUCAGUAUGAGUAACGUUAAUAUUGCGUCAACGACCUAUGGGCAAUAUGCGAACAUCUCAUUUUAUGUGAACAACCCGAGGAACCAGGGAUUUCUGUCUGCUCUUACUCUUGCUUCGAUAUUGGUCAUGCGUGAAACAAAUUUUGAGUUACUUCUCGAACAACAAAUUACAAUCCAAACAUCAUUCGCUCCAAUGAAUCCGCCAACUGCUAGCGACGAUCAAAUAAUUAACAGUAUAAUCAUAGAAAUAACCUUCAAUUUAAAUCAGUGGAACUUUUUAAUAGACAGACGCUUGAGAUCAGCAGCAAUUGCACCCCGAGUUUCGGCGUAUUGCAGGUUGAAUUCCGUCACCUGUGAUCUACGCAACCGGGCGUCGACAUUUAGCGUAGACAACGUACAACGUACUUCAGCUGCAACACCUUCAGCAGCUAUGAGCACCAAUCAAAUUUACUACAGAUUUUAUGUUAAAUAUCCUCAGACAAAUACUUCUAUCCCACAAAAUAUUCUAGCCACCAUUGUCACCGCUGAGGAGCUUGUAGUGGAGUCUCUUUCAAGACUAUCGUUCAGUCUCCAAACGCCACCUGACACUGUACAAAUUAGAGUUUUCAAUCUACAAAUUAAUCAGUUUGAUACAAGCUUAUUUCGCACUAACUUGGCCAGAGCUGCCGAGGAAUUUUGUGGUGUAAGAGAGUCGUUAUGCAACUUCAGUAGCUCCAGCGCCAUUGUCAGCAGUGCCAUCAACAUCAGUCCCGACAAUGUCACGAUAUUGCCUAGAUCACCUUCAACAAUUGGUGAUGGUCUACUUCUGUCAUUCACUUUACAAAAACCAGAUGGUUCAGCAUUGUCACCUGUUAUUCUAAGAACAGCUAUAAGAACAUCAAGAACACAAGUCAUAUCUCAAAAUAACUCCAUCAUAACUCCGCCGUUUGUUAAUCCUCCAUUGUCGGAUGACCAACGAUUAAACCUUGUGCGACUUAACAUUAACGCUUCAGAUACAUCUAUCGACAGAGAGGCAUUUCGACUGGAUGUUCAAUAUUCGAUAGCGCUGAGAAUGAAUGAAUUCUGUCGGAAUAAUACCAACUCUAGCUUAUGUUCUUCAAACCAAUUUACCAUAAACGAUGUGAUUGUUCAAAUCGAAACGAAUGGAAGUGUAAGCUUUGCUGUUUUGUUACCCAGCACAAACACGCCACUUAAUUCCAAUGAAGUUCAAAGCGUGACAAAUGGAACAUUAAUGUCUAGUAUUUUUAAUGUCAGCUUAAAUAUGCUUAACAAUGACAAUAAUGUUAUGACAACAAUGCCACCCGAUGAGGAUGACGAUCCUGAUUUUGCAUUGAUAUUGGGUCUAUCGAUUGGUGGAUUGGUCUUGCUCAUCUUCGUGGUGGUUGCUGUUGUGUGUUUAAAGGCACGAAAUUCCAAUGCAUCGAAAUUUCCAGUAGCCACUGAUGGAGGCGGCAGCUGGCAAUUUGAUCGAGACGCACCUUAUACGGGAUCAGCGUUUGCCGGAGCUGAGCGCAUACCUGGAUUUGAUGAUGACGGUUUGCCGACAGAGAUAAGUUCCGGUGGUAAUGACCCGGGCACCAUUUAACAAUAUUAAUGGUUUAAGGAUUACAUUAUUAGGUCAUUAUAAACUGUUAACUUGAAACUAGCUCAUUUAAUACAAUUUGCACAUGUAACUUAAUUUUACCCUUAUGCAUAGCAUAAUUGACUUCCCGAGCAGAUUAGCCUUCAGUUUGCUAAUGCAGUGGAAAUGGAACAAAUAGCCAACGAAUUCAGCCAACAAAUGGCUUCUUUAUCAUAGAAACAUAAUAUAAUCGACAGCAUUUGAGAGCAAGGAUAUCAUAAAACGGCCAACAUAAUCUCAAUUGAACGCAUGAAUUAUAGCUAAGUGGCAAAGCGUCAGUUCGAUGUUUUUUUCUUGUUGUGAAAAUGAUUUCAAAACUUGACACAAAAAGUUUCCGGAGAAACAAAAUUCAUGUUUGAUGCUUUGAUAGCAAGAACAAAACAUUUCGCUGGCAUUGAUCUUUUAAAUGAUAUGGCCAUGCAUCCACGUUGUGUGGAUACACGUGGGUACAUGGCCAUAUCAUUUGCUGCAUGCUAUAGGAAGAUGUUAGGUUGACGUAGUUAGAUAUAAAUAUUACAUUAUUGUGGCCAAUAAAAGGAAAGAUAGGUAUUAAACAAGGAUUUUAAGGAACAAAAUCUGCAAGCAUAAUGAUGAUCGGACAACGACGGUUCGCCAAAGUGCAGGAUAAACAAAUUAACUUUAAUAAUAUUUAAAUAUUUAUAUAAAUAUACAAUACGUAUUUAUGCACUUAACUUUAACUUACUAAGCUGUAUAUGAUAGCUUCGUUGUAUAAUGGAUAACUGAAAAUGGA